GCAGGCGUGCGGGCACCCAGGGGCACCUCCUACCUUGUGACGGUGUGGGUGACCGCAGUCUAGCGCACGCCCUGCCGCAGUCUACCACGCACAUUCACACCUGCCGCGCCCUACACACGAACACACCAUCCUGACAAAGCUUCCUACAAUGCCAUGGCGACCUUGAGGCUUCCGUAGAGUCGCCAGUCACCAGGGAGUGAAGGGAGGAGUUGAAGAAGGAGGAGAAGGAGGAGGAGGAGGAGGAGGAGGAGGGGGAGGGGGAGGAGGAGGAGGAGGAGGAGGAGGAGCGAGCCACAAUGGAGAUGGUGGAGACGCUGGUGGCGGUGGCGCUGGGGGUGUUAGCUGCCGUGUUCCUUGGGUCCCUGGCAGCUUUGGCCCUGGUGUGCUUCCGCCGUGCCUUGAACGCCAAACACCGCCUCUUCUACAACCAGGACAUCAGGCCUGAGGUUUUGCUGAGCGGCGGGGAAGUGUGGAGCGAGCUGGAGCUGGAUGACGUCCGCCUUGCUCCUCAGAUUGACAAGAUUCUCAACGAUGCACAAUGGGUGGACGACGCUACUGGUCUCAUUCCACACUGCCUGGCGAUUCUCAAACUCUGUCACCAGCUGGCGGAGAGACUGGUGGCCACAACCAUGUCACCGAUACACAGCGACCGUCUGCACGACAUCAUAGAGGUAACAAGACGUCUGUCACCUCGCAUUGACGACGUGGCACGCGCGAUGUACCCGCCUCUGGACCCUCGGCUACUGGAGGCCCGCUGCUCGGCUCUUGUGCUGAGUUUGACGCUGCUGGCCUGGCACGCACGGCAGUCCGCCUCGGGCUCCACAGUGACGCUCAUUAACGAGGCACUCAAAGACAUGGACCACCACCUGAGUGUCCUGCGUGAGGCUGCAAUGUCACACGAGACUUUCCACGGAGUCUUCAAGGAGGAGGCCAAGUGUGACCCCGCGGAGUGCUGAGUUGACCUGACUUCCGAUGACCUAAUGCUGAAUGCCUGCUGACCUGUGCCUACGCUGAGUGCUGAGUUGACUUCCUGCGUGCUGAAGUGACGAGCAGUGUGUGUGUGUGUGUGUGUGUGUGUGUGUGCAUGUGUGUGUGAUUGGUUAGUUUAUUGGCUGAGCAUAAUUUUCAACGCAGCAACGUGGUCAUAUGGCGCCGGGAGAUUGAAAGGGAUUGGUAAAAUGAAAGAAAAUUGUGUCUCUUUUUCUUAUUAUUGUCAAUCACAGAACAUGUUAUUUAUUAUUAUUAUUAUUAUUAUUAUUAUUAUUAUUAUUAUUAUUAUUAUUAUUAUUAUCAUUAUUAUUAUAUUAUUAUCAUUAUUAUCAUUAUUAUUAUUAUUAUUAUUUCUAAUGCAUCUUUGUGUUACUUUAUUCACAGACAAUUGGUAUGAAAUUCUCGGCAAGCAAAGGCCGUAAUAUAACAAGAAUGUGAUGUACUUUAUGUAAUAAUCAGUGUGUCUUUAAUUACUUCAGCAUGUACCUGUCCUUUUGUUACGCUAAUUCGAGACAUAUACUAUAACACUUUC